AUGGCAAUAAUGGAGCUUGAACACGGUUUCAUCGCAACCGACAAGCAAUGGAGAAGCAAGGUGGAAGAAUGGGGGCUGAAGAAGAAUGUCACGUCAAGUGAAAUGAACCACAUCCAUCGUCUGAUGCGAACAAGAAAGGAGCUACAGAGCAAGGAGACUGAGUUCUAUGUUCGUGGUCGCCCGGUUCCGAAUGAAAAGAUAAACCGUGCUUUGAAGAGACAGCACAAUUCUGAAGGUGGCAUGAAUUCACCGCCAGGCCAAACUCCGUCUGAUAUAUCCUACCGAACUCCAUUAGCUUCAGAAACUCCGAGAACGCCAUACUCGCAGGCUACAAACACCCCGGCGGGUCCUAGCGGUGGCUCUGAAGAACCCGGCUACACCACUCCUAUGGCUGAUUUUAUCCUCAAAGAGCGCGCCUCAGAGCUAUCACUUGCGCAUCUGCAGCACCAGCAACCACAGCGAAACGUCUUUGGCACUGUGCAGUUGUCUGAACAGCUGAGCCAAAUCAGCGUACCUGGCUCGCCUCGUCCACCAUCUCAUGACAACCAAAGUCACGCCCAUGCAACGGAACAUGCUUUCGUCAACAACGAGAGACCUUCUCGCACGUCUCAAUCCCCGUAUCAAGUCACUGGUCAUGCUGGAGAUUUUUCCAACGUGCCGUCGGUCACCUUGAACGACGGUAACGCAAUGGAGUUGCUAUCAGGUGUCAGCUCCAGUGGCACUACCAGGGACUCCGUUCGAACACAAGAGGGUAGAAGACCAGCGCUUCAAGCUACGGAUGAUAAUCAACUUCUCGAGUUACUUGAGCACUUCGACGCAGCGGAAAGGGGCGGAUACCUCGAGGAUGCGGUUACUCGGUCCCUUCAAGCUGCCGCUGUUGGACAUGCGCCUGAGGUGGCCCGAAUCUUUCAAAUAUCGGCCAAAGCAGCAUAUCCUGAGGUGGCUCAGGUCUUUCAUGGAGCAGUUGAAAGAAACCAUAUCGAGAUCGUUCAGUUUCUUCUGAAGUGCGGGGCCGAUGUUAAUGCGCCGUCAGGAAAAUCCGGACUGUCAGCUCUUCAAACUGCAUCAGAAAAAGGGAAUCUGGAGCUAGUUCAACUUCUUGUCAGCUCUGGUGCCCUCAUCAAUUCUCGGGUAGCGGAAUCGGGCGGAAGAACUGCGCUUCAAACAGCAGUUGAAGGAGGAAGCCUAGAUGUGGUCCGGUUCCUUCUCGCCUCCGGUGCCGAUGUUAAUUCUCAGCUAGCCGAAGAUGGCGGACGGACAAUUCUCCAAGAAGCAGCUAGAGGCGGAAACCUUGAGAUAGUUCGGCUUCUCCUCAACUCUGGUGCUGAGGUGAACGCCCUACCAGCGGGUUAUGGAUUGGCAGCACUUCAAGAAGCAGCAGGGAGGGGAAAUCUUGAGAUUUUUAAGCUCCUUCUCGCGUCCGGUGCUGAUAUGAAUUCCCGUCCGGACACAGCGGGCGGGAUGACGGCACUCCAAGCAGCGGCUGGAGGAGGAGAUCUUAAGACCCAGCUUGUUUUGGAGACUGCUGCUGAAUUUAAGGCUUUACCUGCUAAAGAGCUUAGUAUGGUUACAUCUCGACUAGCACAUGGAGGUCAUCCGGAGAUGGUUCAAGUUCUUCUGAACUUAAAUGCCGAUAUUAACGCUCCUCCAGCUGGUACAUAUGGACGAACCGCGCUUCAAGCCGCAGUGGAAGGAGGCAGUUUUGAAGUUUUUCAGCUUCUUCUUCGUGCCGGGGCCGAUAUUAACGCUCCGCCUGCUAAGACUGGUGGAAGAACCGCACUUCAAGCGGCAGCGAAAAAAGGAAAUAUUGAGCUGGUCCAGCUCCUUCUCCGUUCUGGAGCAGAUGUUAACGCUCUGCCGGCUCCGGUAUAUGGAAUGACAGCACUUCAAGCGGCAGCUAAAGGAGGAAAUCUUGAGGUUGUUCGGCUUCUUAUCAACCAUGGUGCUGACGUCAAUUCUCUACCAGCUGCAACGGGCGGGAAAACCGCCCUUCAAGCAGCAGCUAAAGAGGGAAAUCUUGAGAUUGUUCAGGUCCUUCUCGAUUCUGGAGCUGAGGUUAAUUCUGUAACAGCUGAAGCGCGUGGACGAACCGCACUUCAAGCAGCAGCUGAAGGAGGCAAUUUUGAGGUUUUUCAACUACUUGUCGCUGCCGGUGCUGAUAUUAAUACUCCACUAGCUAAAGAUCAUGGAAGAACAACAGUUCAAGCAGCAGCUGAAGGCGGAAAUCUUGAGAUGGUUCGGUUCUUGCUCGGAUCUGGUGCUGAUGUCAACUCCCCCCCAGCUGAAUCGGGUGGAAGAACAGCACUUCAAGCAGCAGCUGAAGAUGAAAAUCUUGAAAUGGUCCGGCUUCUUCUUGACUAUGGUGCUGAGGUUAAUGCUCUGCCGGCCAAAGAUAGCGGCGUGACGGCUCUUCAAGCUGCAGCUAGUGGAGGAAAUAUCGAGAUAAUUCGGCUUCUUCUCGGCUCUGGCGCCAUCGUCAAUGCUCCACCAGCCAAAGUAAGCGGAAGAACAGCCCUUCAAGCUGCAGCUGAAGGCGGAAAUCUCGAAAUAGUCAAACUCCUUCUUGGCUCUGGAGCCGAUAUUAAUUAUCCACCAGCUGAAGCGCAUGGACGAACUGCCCUUCAAGCAGCAGUUGAAACAAGCAAUUUUGAAAUUUUUCAGCUUCUUCUUGAUGCUGGUGCUGAUAUUAAUGCUGCAUCAGCUAAAGCGCGUGGAUUAGGAGCACUUCAAGAAGCCGCAGGGAGAGGGAAUCUCGAAGUGGUUCGGCGCCUUCUUAGCUUCGGUGCCGAUAUUGAUGCUCUGCCAGCUAAAGAUACCGGAUUGACAGCACUUCAACAAGCAGCGAAGAGCGGAAAUCUCGAGAUAGUCCAGUUCCUUGCUAAGUCUGGGGCCAAUAUCAAUUUUCCACCAGCUAAAGCGGGCGGAAGAACCGCGUUACAAGCAGCAGCCGAGGGAGGAAGUUUAGAAGUGGUUCGUUUCCUACUUGGCUCUGGUGCCGAUGUUAAUUCUCCUCCAGCUAGGGAUGCUGGAGUAACGGCUCUUCAAGCGGCGGCUGAAGGAGGGAGGCUUGGAAUGGUUCGUUUCCUGCUUAGCUUUGGUGCCGAUGUUAAUGCUCUGCCAGCUGAAGCAGGCGGAAGAACAGCACUUCAGGCAGCAGCAGAAAGAGGAAAUCUCGAAAUAGUCCAGCUUCUUCUUGACUCUGGUGCUGACGUUAAUGCGUUGCCACUAACCCUUGGAGCCACAGCACUCCAAGGAGCAGCAGGGAGGGCCAAUAUUGAUGUUGUUCGGCUUCUUCUCGACUUUGGUGCCGAUGUGAAUACUCCCCCAGCUCACCUUGGAAUGACAGCACUUCAAGCUGCCGCUGGAGGAGGAAGUCUAGUUGGUGAUCUUAUUCUUAGUUCUGACACUGACGCCAAGGCUCGACUAGCGGCAGAAACUCAGCGAGCAGAUACAGGCUAUCUCGAAGUGGUUCGACUUCUUCUCAACUCUGGUGCUAAUAUUAAUGCUCCUCCAGGGGAAGUAUGUGGAAGAACAGCUCUUCAAGCAGCAGCUGAGAGGGGCUACCUUGAUAUUAUUCAGCUUCUUCUCAGUGCUGGCGCUGAUAUCAAUGCUCUCCCAGCUGUAGUGGAUGGAAUGACCGCGCUUCAAGCAGCCGCUAAAAGGGGAAAUCUUGAGCUAGUAAAGCUUCUUCUUAGCUCUGGAGCCGAUGUCAACGCUCCUUCAGCUACUAUAUCUGGAAUGACGGCGCUUCAAGCAGCAGCUAAAGGAGGACAUCUUGAGAUUGCUCGGAUUCUCCUCGCCUCUCGUGCCAAUGUCAACGCUCUUCCUUCUUUGCUUGAUGGAAUGACAGCUCUUCAGGCUGCAGCUAAAAGCGGGAGUCUCGAGCUGGUCCGGGUUCUUCUUAGUUCCGGCGCCAAUAUCAAUGCUCCACCAGCUGAAGCAGGAACAACGACAAUGAAGGCGAAAGAAGGCGGAAGAACAGCACUUCAAGCAGCGGCUAGUGGAGGAAACAUUGGGGUAGUUCAGCUCCUUCUCAGUGCUGGUGCUGAUGUCAAUGCUCCACCAGCCAAAGCUCGUGGAAGAACAGCACUUCAGGCAGCAGCUGAAGCAGGAAAUCUUGAAGUAGCUCAGCUGCUUCUGUGGUAUGGCGCCCAUGUUCAUGCGCCCCCUUCGGAAGAGAGUGGCACGACUGCAUUGCAAGCAGCCCUUGAAGAAGGGAAUUUUGAGAUUGUUCAACUACUUCUUGACAAUGAAGUGAUGACUUGA